ACGAGCUGGAAACUACAUGGAACAAUUGCCAGUAUUAGAAGAAGUGCAGCAAAGUAUUUUCCCCAGCUACGGAACAGCAGCUAACCAGCAAGCUCUUCAUACACCAGAAUGGGCAGAGUUUAACCAGAACCAUGAAUCCUUAUACUUUAAUGAUGGCCAGAGAAGAAUUGAUUUUGUUUUAGUGUAUGAAGAUGAGAGCAGAAAGGAAAAUCGAAAGAGGAGCUUUAAUAAAAAGCAAAAGAGGAAAAGAGAAGUGUAUGAGUCUAACUUGAUAACCCGUGGUUUGCAGCUGGAAGCAACAAGGUCGGUCUUAGAUGAAAAGAUAAUCUUCGUAAAAGUGCAUGCACCUUGGGAAGUGCUGUGCGCGUAUGCAGAGAUUAUGCACAUCCAUCUGCCCCUGCAGCCCAAUGACCUGAAAGCCCAUGACUCCCCAUUUAGCUGGAUUACUAGAUUCUUUCGUGUGGAUGAAAAAAUCAUCAAACCAGAGAAGGAGUUUUUUACGGCUCCAUUUGAAAACGACCGUUUGUCAGACUUUUACAUUCAGGACAAAAGAACAUUCUUCAGCCCAGCAACAAGAAGUCGGAUAGUUCACUUUAUUCUUUGCCGUGGGGAAUAUGCAGUAAAAGACAAUGUGAAAAAGUUUGGCAUCAACAAGUUACUGGAUUCAGGAAUCUACAAAGCAGCCUUUCCACUCCAUGAUUCCAGAUUCAAUCACCAGUCACAGGAUCCCAGCUGCCCCAAUGAACGAUACCUGCUGUACAGAGAAUGGGCUCAUCCUCGAAACAUUUUCAAAUUGCAACCCUUACAUUUCAUCAGGAAAUACUAUGGUGAAAAAAUUGGAAUCUACUUUGCUUGGCUGGGUUUCUAUACUCAAAUGUUACUCCUGGCAGCAGUGGUUGGACUUGGAUGCUUUUUGUAUGGGUAUUUUACAAAGGACAAUUGCACUUGGAGCCAAGAGGUAUGUGACCCUAACAUAGGCGGCAAUAUUAUCAUGUGCCCACAAUGUGAUAAAGAAUGUACAUACUGGAACCUCAGCAUCACCUGUGAAUCAUCCAAGAAGCUGUGUAUAUUUGACAGCUUUGGAACACUAGUGUUUGCAGUAUUUAUGGGAGUAUGGGUUACUUUAUUUCUAGAAUUUUGGAAACGACGGCAGGCUGAGUUGGAAUAUGAAUGGGACACAGUGGAGUUCUUAGAGCAAGAAGAACAAAUACGCCCAGAGUAUGAGGCAAGAUGCCAUCAUGUUGUAGUGAAUGAAAUCACACAGAAAGAAGAGCAUGUCCCAUAUACAACCUGUGGAAAGUGUGUACGGAUGACCUUCUGUACAAGUGCUGUCUUUUUCUGGAUCUUGCUGAUUAUCGCAUCGGUGAUUGGCAUAAUUGUGUACCGGCUGUCUGUGUUUCUGGUGUUUUCGGCAACACUCCCAAAGCACAUUAAUGGGACAGAAGCAAUCCAGAAGUAUCUAACUCCACAGGCAGCAACUUCAAUCUCUGCUUCAGUCAUCAGCUUCAUAAUCAUUAUGAUUCUGAACAUGAUCUAUGAGAAAGUAGCAAUCAUGAUUACUGACUUUGAACUACCAAGGACGCAGACCGAUUAUGAAAAUAGCCUGACCAUGAAGAUGUUCUUAUUCCAAUUUGUCAACUAUUAUUCUUCAUGCUUCUACAUUGCAUUUUUUAAGGGUAAAUUUGUAGGUUACCCUGGUGACCCAGUUUAUUGGCUUGGAAAAUACAGAAAUGAAGAGUGUGAUCCAGGUGGAUGUCUUCUUGAACUUACAACACAGCUGACAAUAAUAAUGGGAGGCAAAGCGAUCUGGAAUAACAUUCAAGAAGUGCUUCUUCCAUGGUUUAAGAACCUUAUCGGAAGAUGUUGCAGUGCUGCUCGGUCGGAAAUUAUUGUCCCACGCUGGGAACAGGACUACCACCUGCAACCGAUUGGCAAGCUUGGAUUGUUUUAUGAGUAUCUUGAAAUGGUUAUACAGUUUGGAUUUGUGACCUUAUUUGUGGCAUCAUUUCCCCUGGCACCCCUUCUGGCUCUUAUUAACAAUUUGCUGGAAAUACGUGUGGAUGCCUGGAAGAUUACAACACAAUUCAGGCGUAUGAUUCCUCAAAAAGCUCAGGACAUAGGAGCAUGGCAGCCAAUCAUGCAAGGAAUAGCCAUUCUUGCUGUGGUCACAAAUGCAAUGAUCAUUGCUUUUACAUCAGAUAUGAUUCCCCGCCUAGUUUAUUACUGGUCAUUUUCAGUCCCUCCCUAUGGGGAUCACAGCAGUUAUACCAUGAAGGGGUACAUAAACAACACGCUUUCCGUCUUUGCUAUAUCAGACUUCAGAAAUGAAAGCAAGCCGGUCUUUCCAUGGUUUAAGAAUCAAACAACAUGCAGAUACCGGGAUUUUCGAUACCCUCCUGGACAUGAACAUCAGUAUGAACACAAUAUCUAUUACUGGCAUGUUAUUGCGGCCAAAUUAUCAUUCAUCAUUGUCAUGGAGCAUAUCAUCUACUUUGUGAAAUUCGUCAUUUCCUACGCCGUUCCUGAUGUGUCACAUAAAACCAAGAGCAAAAUUAAACGACAAAAAUAUCUAACUCAGAUACUCCUGCAUGAGAAUCCUCUGAAGGCUAUGAAGAAAAAUAUGGGGAGCAUCGCCGAUAAAAUAUUCAAAGGAGCAGAUGGCAGUUUCCGGCCUAAAUAUGAAUAAAAGCUUUGCACGCUGA